UCUGGAGUGGGGUUCACCAGGCAAAAGGGCCACCCGGAUCUCGCGCCGGAGGCUUCCUGAAUCUCCACGACCAUUGCCGAGAUCUCGGGCCAGGAAAUAGCCCCUUCGCAGGAACCACCCUACCGGCCGAACAGGAGGCGGAGGGGGGGGAGGCGGAGCGGCGCCGCGCUGCACUACUUUCCUCUCCGGUUGCAAAUGGCUGCCUCGUUCCCCACUUUCCGCUCAGUUUCCUGACCCCCCGGCGCCGGGAGCCGGGGUUGGGCCAUGCACCUCUAGGCCCCCCGCGAUCGCAGCCAGCCGGGGGUCGAGGGGGUGCCGCCGAUCAGAGCCGGCCAGGCCGGGGGCGGGGCAGCUCCCGAGGCCAGAGGGGAAGGGAGGCGAGCGCAGGGCCCGGAGCGGCCGGAGGGGAGCGGGCAGAGGGCUCGCACCGCCCGCCCCUUCCUCUUCCUCGCCCACCUACCCUCCUCCCUUCCCCGGGGGGAGCAGAAGGUGGGGGGCUCGAAGCCGCCGAGGGCGAGCGCUCGGGGUCGAGGAGCCCGGCGCUGGGGUGUGUGUCAGGUUCAGCUCCGCGGCCCCGCCGGCUCCGUGUCGCCGUAGCUCGCGCGGCCCCGGGGCGCCGGCCCGAGCGGGGAGAGGGGCUCGGCGCUCCUGCGAGGGUCUCACGUUCCAUCCGGGCCCGGCGCGGGGCGGCGCGGCAUUCCUUCCGGGCUGCUGGGGAGGCGCCUCGACGUUCCAUCUGGAGAGCCUCGACGUUCCGCCCGAGCCCGGUGCGGGCGGCCGGGGCGCUGGCCCAGCCCUAGGACUGAGAGGCCGCCCGGCGACGCGGAUGCGGAUCCUGCUCGCCCAAGAUCAAAGCCACCGGUGCUCUCUUUGUGUCCGCUCGGGAUUCGCCGCCCAGGGGCUGUCCAUGGAAACCUAAACUGCUGGAACCCGAGGCAGAGAACCCUUCUUUGGCUUCUUGCUUUUUUGGGGCGGGGGAGGGUGGCCACUCCGACCUGGAUUUACCGUUCUUGGCCCCCCUAAGCCCCCCCGUGCGGGGGGCGGCUGUGAUCGCUCUGGCGGUUGGAGGUCGGGGAGCGGCCCGGGCUCUGGCCAUGUUCUCGGAUGAGGAUUUCUGGAUCGCCCUGUGAAGAGGUCUCCCCGAGAGGGCCCUGCCCAGUCGGAGAGAGGGAUGGACAGCCCGAAGCCGCCUGGUGAGGAUAAAGAUUCAGAACCAGCAGCUGAUGGACCUGCAGCCUCCGAGGAGUCAGGUGCCACUGAGCCAGACCUUCCCAAACCACAUGUGGGGGAGGGCUCUGUGCCCAGUUCUGGGGGUCCCAGGCUUCAGGAGCCUCCCCAGGACUGCAGUGGGGGUCCAAUGCGGCGUUGUGCUCUCUGUAACUGCGGGGAGCCCAGUCUACAUGGGCAGCGGGAGCUACGGCGCUUUGAGUUGCCAUUUGACUGGCCCCGGUGUUCAGUGGUGUCCCCUGGGGGGAACCCAGGGCCCAGUGAGGCAGCGCUGCUCAGUGAGGACCUAUCACAGAUUGGUUUCCCUGAGGGCCUGACACCUGCCCACCUAGGAGAACCUGGAGGGUCCUGCUGGGCUCACCACUGGUGUGCUGCGUGGUCGGCAGGCGUGUGGGGGCAGGAGGGCCCAGAACUAUGUGGUGUGGACAAGGCCAUCUUCUCAGGGAUCUCACAGCGCUGUUCCCACUGCACCAGACUCGGUGCCUCCAUCCCUUGCCGCUCGCCUGGAUGUCCACGCCUUUACCACUUCCCCUGUGCAACUGCCAGCGGUUCCUUCUUAUCCAUGAAAACACUGCAGUUGCUAUGCCCGGAGCACAGUGAGGGGGCCACACAUCUGGAGGAGGCUCGCUGUGCCGUAUGUGAGGGGCCAGGGGAAUUGUGUGACUUGUUCUUCUGUACCAGCUGUGGGCAUCACUAUCACGGGGCCUGCCUGGACACUGCUCUGACUGCCCGCAAGCGUGCUGGCUGGCAGUGCCCUGAAUGCAAAGUGUGCCAAGCUUGCAGGAAGCCUGGGAAUGACUCUAAGAUGUUGGUCUGUGAGACGUGUGACAAAGGAUUCCAUACCUUCUGCCUGGAACCGCCUAUGGAGGAGCUGCCCGCUCACUCCUGGAAGUGCAAGGCAUGCCGGGUAUGCCGGGCCUGUGGGACAGGCUCAGCAGAGCUGAACCCCAACUCUGAGUGGUUUGAGAACUACUCACUCUGUCACCGCUGUCACAAAACCCAGGGAGGACAGCCUGUCAGUUCUGUUGCUGAGCAGCACCCCCCGGUCUGUAGCAGAUUCUCACCCCCAGAGCCUGGCGAUACCCCCACUGAUGAGCCCGAUGCUCUGUACGUUGCAUGCCAAGGGCAGCCAAAGGGUGGGCACGUGACCUCUAUGCAACCCAAGGAACCGGGGCCCCUGCAAUGUGAAGCCAAACCACUAGGUAGAGAAGGGGCCCAACUUGAGCCCCAGUUGGAGGCCUCCCUAAAUGAGGAGAUGCCACUGCUGCCCCCACCUGAGGAGUCGCCCCUGUCCCCACCACCUGAGGAAUCACCCACAUCCCCGCCGCCUGAGGCAUCGCGCCUGUCCCCACCGCCUGAGGACUCACCCCUCUCUCCACCGCCUGAGGAGUCUCCUCUGUCUCCCCCACCUGAGGCAUCACCUUUUUCUCCCCUGGAGGAGUCACCCUUCUCUCCCCCAGAGGAGUCCCCCCCGUCUCCCCUGCUUGAGACACCCUUAUCCCCACCGCCUGAAGCAUCACCUCUGUCACCACCAUUUGAGGAGUCUCCCCUGUCCCCCCCUCCGGAGGAACUGCCUACCUCCCCACCACCCGAAGCGUCGCGCCUGUUCCCACCACCUGAGGAGUCACCCAUGUCCCCUCCACCUGAAGAGUCACCCAUGUCUCCACCACCUGAGGCAUCUUGUCUGUUCCCACCAUUUGAAGAAUCGCCCCUGUCCCCUCCACCAGAGGAGUCUCCUCUCUCCCCACCACCUGAGGCAUCACGCCUGUCGCCACCACCUGAGGACUCACCCAUGUCCCCGCCACCUGAAGACUCGCCUAUGUCCCCCCCGCCUGAGGUAUCACGCCUGUCUCCCCUGCCUGAGGUGUCACGCCUGUCCCCACCACCCGAGGAAUCUCCUCUGUCCCCACCACCUGAGGAGUCUCCCACAUCCCCGCCACCUGAGGCUUCACGCCUGUCCCCACCGCCUGAGGACUCACCUGCUUCCCCGCCACCGGAGGACUUGCUUAUGUCCCUACCCCUGGAGGAGUCACCCCUAUCGCCACUGCCUGAGGAACUGCGACUCUGCCCCCGGCCCGGGGAGCCGCGCCCGUCCCCUGCGCCCGAGGAGUCGCAUCUGUCCCCUGCGCCCCAGGAGCCGCGCCCGUCCCCUGCGUCCGAGGAGCCGCGUCUGUCCCCUGCGCCCCAGGAGCUGCGCCCAUCCCCUGCGUCCGAGGAGCCGCGUCUGUCCCCUGCACCUGAGGAGCUGCAUCUGUCCUCCCAGCCUGAGGAGCCGCGCCUGUCCCCUCGCCCUGAGGAGCUGUGCCUGUCCCCCGCACCCGAGGAGCCGCAGUUGUCCCCAGUGCCCGAGGAGCCGCGCCUGUCCCCUCGACCUGAAGAGCCCCCUGAGGAGCCAGGCCUAUGCCCUGCACCUGAGGAAUUGCCCUCGUUCCUCCCACCUGGGGAGCCACCCUUACCCCCUUUGCUUGGAGAGCCGGCCCUGUCUGAGCCUGGGGAGCCACCUCUGUCCCCUCUGCCUGAGGAGCUGCCGUUGUCCCCAUCUGGGGAGCCAUCUUUGUCACCUCAGCUGAUGCCACCAGAUCCUCUUCCUCCUCCGCUCUCACCCAUUAUCACAGCUGUGGCCCCGCCGGCCCUGUCUCCUUUGGGAGAGUUAGAGUACCCCUUUGGUGCCAAAGGGGACAGUGACCCUGAGUCGCCAUUGGCUGCCCCCAUCCUAGAGACACCUAUCAGCCCUCCACCAGAAGCUAACUGCACUGACCCUGAGCCUGUACCCCCUAUGAUCCUUCCCCCAUCUCCAGGCUCCCCGGUAGGACCGGCCUCUCCCAUGCUGAUGGAGCCCCUUGCCCCUCGUUGUUCCCCACUCCUCCAGCAUUCCCUGCCUCCCCCAAACUCCCCUCCUUCCCAGUGCUCUCCCCCUGCUCUGCCACUGUCUGUUCCUUCCCCACUGAGUCCCAUGCAGAAGGCAGUGCAGGUCUCAGAUGAGGCUGAGCCACAUGAGAUGGAGACUGAGAAAGCCCCAGAACCUGAGUGCCCAGCCUUGGAACCCAGCCCUACUAGUCCUCUCCCCUCUCCCAUGGGGAACCUUUCCUGCCCUGCACCCAGCCCUGCCCCAGCCCUGGAUGACUUCUCUGGCCUGGGGGAAGAUACAGCCCCUCUGGAUGGGACUGACACUCCUGGAUCACAUCCAGAGGCCGGACAGACCCCCGGCAGUUUGGCUAGUGAACUUAAGGGUUCCCCUGUGCUCCUGGACCCCGAGGAGCUGGCCCCUGUGACCCCUAUGGAGGUCUAUGGCCCAGAAUGCAAGCAGGCAGGGCAGGGCUCGCCCUGCGAAGAGCAAGAGGAGCCACGUGCACCAGUGGCCCCCACCCCACCUACUCUCAUCAAAUCUGACAUCGUUAAUGAGAUCUCCAAUCUGAGCCAGGGCGAUGCCAGUGCCAGUUUUCCUGGCUCAGAGCCCCUGCUGGGCUCUCCCGACCCCGAGGGGGGUGGCUCCUUGUCCAUGGAGCUGGGGGCAUCUACAGACGUUAGUCCAGCCCGAGAUGAGGGCUCCCUGCGACUUUGUACGGAUUCGCUGCCAGAGACUGAUGACUCGCUGUUGUGUGAUGCUGGGACAGCUAUCGGAGGAGGCAAAGCGGAGGGGGACAAGGGGAGGCGGCGCAGCUCCCCCGCUCGUUCCCGCAUUAAGCAGGGUCGCAGCAGUAGUUUCCCAGGAAGACGCCGGCCACGUGGAGGAGCACACGGAGGACGCGGGAGAGGACGGGCCCGGCUAAAAUCAACUACUUCUUCCAUUGAGACUCUGGUAGUUGCUGAUAUCGAUAGCUCUCCCAGCAAGGAGGAAGAAGAUGAUGAUGAUGACACCAUGCAAAAUACUGUGGUUCUCUUCUCCAACACAGACAAGUUUGUCCUAAUGCAGGACAUGUGUGUGGUAUGUGGCAGCUUUGGCCGGGGGGCAGAGGGCCACCUUCUUGCCUGUUCCCAGUGCUCUCAGUGCUAUCACCCUUACUGUGUCAACAGCAAGAUCACCAAGGUGAUGCUGCUGAAGGGCUGGCGUUGCGUGGAGUGCAUCGUGUGUGAGGUAUGCGGCCAGGCCUCAGACCCCUCCCGCCUGCUGCUCUGUGAUGACUGUGACAUUAGCUACCACACGUACUGCCUGGACCCGCCACUGCUCACCGUGCCCAAGGGUGGCUGGAAGUGCAAGUGGUGUGUGUCCUGUAUGCAGUGUGGGGCCGCCUCCCCUGGCUUCCACUGUGAAUGGCAGAAUAGUUACACGCACUGCGGGCCCUGCGCCAGCCUGGUGACCUGCCCAAUCUGUCAUGCCCCGUAUGUGGAAGAGGACCUCCUGAUCCAGUGCCGUCACUGUGAACGGUGGAUGCAUGCUGGUUGCGAGAGCCUCUUCACAGAGGAUGACGUGGAGCAGGCGGCCGAUGAGGGCUUUGACUGUGUCUCUUGCCAGCCUUACGUGGUAAAGCCUGCUGUGCCUGUUGCGCCUCCAGAGCUGGUGCCUAUGAAGGUGAAAGAGCCGGAGCCCCAGUACUUCCGCUUCGAGGGUGUGUGGCUGACAGAAACUGGCAUGGCUGUGCUGCGUAACCUGACCAUGUCGCCCCUGCACAAGCGGCGCCAGCGGCGAGGACGGCUUGGCCUCCCAGGCGAGGCAGGGCUGGAGGGUCCUGAGCCUUCUGAUGCCCUUGGCCCUGAUGACAAGAAGGAUGGAGACCUGGACACUGAUGAGCUGCUCAAGGGUGAAGGUGGUGUGGAACACAUGGAAUGCGAAAUUAAACUAGAGGGCCCCGUCAGCCCUGAUGGAGAGCCUGGCAAAGAGGAGACCGAGGAAAGCAAAAAACGCAAACGCAAACCCUAUCGGCCUGGCAUCGGUGGUUUCAUGGUGCGACAGCGGAAAUCCCACACACGUGUGAAAAAGGGGCCUGCUGCACAGGCGGAGGUGUUGAGUGGGGAUGGGCAGCCCGACGAGGGUGAGACGGUGUUGCCUGCCGACCUGCCUGCAGAGGGCUCUGUGGACCAGAGCUUAGCUGAUGGGGAUGAGAAGAAGAAGCAGCAGCGGCGAGGGCGCAAGAAGAGCAAACUAGAGGACAUGUUCCCUGCUUAUCUGCAGGAAGCCUUCUUUGGGAAGGAGCUGCUGGACCUGAGCCGGAAGGCCCUUUUUGCAGUUGGGGUGGGCCGGCCAAGCUUUGGACUAGGAACCCCAAAAGCCAAGGGGGAUGGAGGCUCAGAUAGGAAGGAGCUCCCGACCUCACAGAAAGGAGAUGAUGGUCCCGAUGUUGCAGAUGAAGAAUCCCGUGGUCCUGAGGGCAAGGCUGACACAUCAGGACCUGAGGAUGGCGGCGUAAAGGCAUCCCCAGUGCCUAGUGACCCUGAGAAGCCAGGCACCCCGGGGGAAGGGAUGCUUAGCUCUGACUUAGACAGGAUUCCCACAGAAGUCUUCCUCAGCAGCAUCCUUCAUCGAUCCCUCACAGAACUGCCCAAGAUGGAAUCCAAGGACCUGCAGCAGCUUUUCAAGGAUGUUCUGGGUUCUGAGCGAGAGCAACAUCUGGGUUGUGGAACCCCUGGCCUCGACGGCAGCCGUACACCGCUACAGAGGCCCUUUCUUCAAGGUGGACUCCCUUUGGGCAAUCUCCCCUCCAGCAGCCCAAUGGACUCCUACCCGGGCCUUUGCCAGUCCCCAUUCCUGGAUUCUAGGGAGCGCGGGGGCUUCUUUAGCCCGGAGCCCGGUGAGCCAGACAGCCCCUGGACAGGCUCGGGGGGCACCACGCCCUCCACCCCGACCACGCCCACCACAGAGGGUGAGGGCGACGGGCUCUCCUACAACCAGCGGAGUCUUCAGCGCUGGGAGAAGGACGAGGAGUUGGGCCAGCUCUCUACCAUCUCACCUGUGCUCUAUGCCAACAUUAACUUUCCCAAUCUCAAGCAAGAUUACCCAGACUGGUCUAGCCGCUGCAAACAAAUCAUGAAGCUCUGGAGAAAAGUUCCAGCUGCUGAUAAAGCCCCCUACCUGCAAAAGGCCAAAGAUAACCGGGCAGCUCACCGCAUCAACAAGGUGCAAAAGCAGGCUGAGAGCCAGAUCAACAAGCAGACCAAGGUGGGCGACAUGGCCCGUAAGACUGACCGACCGGCCCUACAUCUCCGCAUUCCCCCCCAGCCAGGGGCACUGGGCAGCCCGCCUCCUGCUGCUGCCCCCACCAUUUUCAUUGGCAGCCCCACUCCCCCCGCCGGCUUGUCUACCUCUGCGGAUGGGUUUCUGAAGCCGCCGGCGGGCACGGUGCCCGGCCCCGACUCGCCCGGUGAGCUCUUCCUCAAGCUCCCACCCCAGGUGCCCGCCCAAGUGCCUUCGCAGGACCCCUUUGGACUGGCCCCCGCCUACGCUCUGGAGCCCCGCUUCCCCACGGCACCACCCACCUAUCCUCCCUAUCCUAGUCCGACCGGGGCCCCCGCGCAGCCCGCGACGCUGGGCGCCUCAUCUCGUCCUGGGACCGGCCAGCCAGGGGAGUUCCACACCACCCCACCUGGCACCCCCCGACACCAGCCCUCCACACCUGACCCCUUCCUCAAACCCCGCUGCCCCUCACUGGACAACCUGGCUGUGCCUGAGAGCCCAGGGGUAGGGGGAGGCAAGGCUUCUGAGCCUCUGCUGUCGCCCCUGCCUUUCGUGGAGUCUCGGAAGGCCCUAGAGGUGAAGAAGGAAGAGCUUGGGGCAUCGUCUCCCAGCUAUGGGCCCCCAAACCUGGGCUUUGUUGACUCACCCUCCUCAGGCCCCCAUCUGGGUGGCCUGGAGUUAAAGGCACCCGAUGUCUUCAAAGCCCCCCUGACCCCUCGGGCAUCUCAGGUAGAGCCCCAGAGCCCAGGCUUGGGCCUAAGGCCCCAGGAGCCGCCCCCUGCCCAGGCUUUGGCCCCUUCUCCUCCCAGCCACUCGGACAUCUUUCGCCCUGGCCCCUACCCUGACCCCUAUGCCCAACCCCCGUUGACCCCUCGGCCCCCACCCCCACCCCCUGAGAGCUGCUGUGCCCUGCCUCCUCGCUCACUGCCCUCUGACCCUUUCUCCCGAGUGCCCGCCAGUCCCCAGUCCCAGUCCAGCUCCCAGUCCCCGUUGACACCCCGUCCUCUGUCUGCUGAGGCUUUCUGCCCAUCCCCUGUUACCCCUCGCUUCCAGUCCCCUGACCCUUAUUCCCGCCCACCCUCACGCCCUCAGUCCCGGGACCCGUUUGCCCCACUGCAUAAGCCGCCCCGCCCCCAGCCCCCUGAAGUUGCCUUCAAGGCUGGGCCUCUAGCCCACACUCCGUUGGGGGCUGGGGGUUUCCCAGCAGCCCUGCCCUCAGGGCCGGCAGUUGAGCUCCAUGCCAAGGUCCCAAGUGUGCAGCCCCCCAAUUUUGCCCGGUCCCCUGGGACUGGUGCAUUUGUAGGCACCCCUUCUCCCAUGCGUUUCACUUUCCCUCAGGCAGUAGGGGAGCCUUCGCUAAAGCCCCCUGUCCCUCAGCCUGGUCUCCCUCCACCCCAUGGGAUCAACAGCCAUUUUGGGCCCGGCCCUACCUUGGGCAAGCCUCAAAGCACAAACUACACAGUAGCCACAGGGAACUUCCACCCAUCGGGCAGCCCUCUGGGACCCAGCAGUGGGUCCACAGGAGAGGGCUAUGGGCUGUCCCCACUACGCCCCCCAUCAGUCCUUCCACCACCCGCACCCGAUGGAUCCCUCCCCUACCUGUCCCAUGGAGCCUCACAGCGGGCAGGCAUCACCUCUCCAGUUGAGAAGCGAGAAGACCCAGGGGCUGGGAUGGGCAGCUCUUUGGCGGCACCUGAACUUCCAGGUACCCAGGACCCAGGCAUGUCCAGCCUCAGUCAGACCGAGCUGGAGAAGCAGCGACAGCGCCAACGACUACGGGAGCUGCUGAUUCGGCAGCAGAUCCAGCGCAACACCCUUCGGCAGGAGAAGGAAACCGCGGCAGCUGCCGGAGCAGUGGGGCCCCCGGGCAGCUGGGGUGCUGAGCCUAGUAGCCCUGCCUUUGAGCAGCUGGGUCGAGGCCAGACCCCCUUUGCCGGCACCCAGGACAAGAGCAGCCUUGUGGGGCUGCCCCCAAGCAAGCUGGGUGGCCCCAUCCUGGGGCCAGGGGCUUUCCCCAGUGAUGACCGACUCUCCCGGCCACCUCCACCAGCCACCCCUUCCUCUAUGGAUGUGAACAGCCGGCAAUUGGUGGGAGGCUCCCAAGCCUUCUAUCAGCGAGCACCGUAUCCUGGGUCCCUGCCCUUGCAGCAGCAGCAGCAGCAGCAGCAGCAACUGUGGCAGCAGCAGCAACAACAGGCAACAGCAGCAACUUCCAUGCGACUUGCCAUGUCGACACGCUUUCCGUCAACUCCUGGGCCUGAACUUGGCCGCCAAGCCAUAGGUUCCCCCUUGGCGGGAAUUCCCACCCGCCUGCCUGGCCCUGGUGAGCCAGUGCCUGGUCCGGCUGGUCCUGCCCAGUUCAUUGAGUUGCGGCACAAUGUACAGAAAGGACUCGGACCGGGGGUGCCUCCGUUUCCUGGUCAGGGCCCCCCUCAGAGACCCCGUUUUUUCCCUGUAACUGAGGAUUCUCACCGACUGGCCCCUGAAGGGCUUCGUGGCCUAGCAGUGUCAGGCCUUCCUCCUCAGAAACCCUCAGCCCCGCCGGCCCCUGAACUGAACAACGGCCUCCAUCCAACGCCCCAUACCAAGGGUCCCAACGCGCCUGCUGGCUUGGAGCUAGUCAGCCGGCCCCCCUCAGGCGCUGAGCUUGGCCGCCCUCCUCUGGCCCUGGAAGCGGGGAAGUUACCCUGUGAGGAUCCUGAGUUGGAUGACGACUUUGAUGCCCACAAGGCCCUGGAGGAUGAUGAGGAGCUUGCUCACCUGGGCCUGGGUGUGGACGUGGCCAAGGGAGAUGAUGAGCUGGGCACCCUGGAAAACCUGGAGACCAAUGAUCCCCACCUGGACGACCUGCUCAACGGGGAUGAGUUUGACCUGUUGGCCUACACUGACCCUGAGCUGGACACCGGGGACAAGAAGGACAUCUUCAAUGAGCAUCUGAGGCUGGUGGAGUCGGCCAAUGAAAAGGCUGAGCGGGAGGCUCUGUUGCGGGGGGUGGAGCCAGGACCCUUGGGCCCUGAGGAGCGCCCUCCCCCCGCUGCUGAUGCCUCUGAGCCCCGUCUGGCGUCAGUGCUCCCCGAGGUGAAGCCCAAGUUGGAGGAGGGUGGGCGCCACCCUUCCCCUUGCCAGUUUACCAUUACCACCCCCAAGGUAGAGCCAUCUCCAGCCACCACUUCCCUAGGCCUGGGGCUGAAGCCAGGACAGAGUGUGGUGGGCAGCCGGGACACUCGAAUGGGCACAGGACCUUUUUCCAGUAGUGGGCACCCAGCUGAGAAGGUCCCCUUUGGGACCACAGGAGGACCACCAGCUCACCUGCUGACCCCCAGCCCACUGAGUGGCCCAGGAGGGUCCUCCCUGCUGGAGAAGUUUGAGCUAGAGAGUGGGGCCCUGACCUUGCCCGGUGGACAUGCAUCUGGGGAUGAGCUGGACAAGAUGGAGAGCUCACUGGUAGCCAGUGAGUUGCCCCUGCUCAUCGAGGACCUGUUGGAACAUGAGAAGAAGGAGCUGCAGAAGAAGCAGCAGCUCUCAGCACAGCUGCAGCCUGCCCAGCAGCAGCAGCAACAGCAGCAUUCCCUACUGUCCACCCCGGGCCCUGCCCAGGCUGUGUCUUUGCCACAUGAGGGCUCUUCUCCCAGUUUGGCUGGCGCCCAGCAGCAGCUUGCCCUGGGACUUGGAGGUUCCCGACAGCCGGGCUUGGCCCAGCCACUGAUGCCCACCCAGCCACCAGCUCACGCCCUCCAGCAGCGCCUGGCCCCAUCCAUGACCAUGGUGUCCAACCAAGGGCAUAUGCUAAGUGGGCAGCAUGGGGGACAGGCAGGCUUGGUGCCCCAGCAGAGCCCACAGCCAGUGCUGGCACAGAAGCCCAUGGGUAGUAUGCCACCUUCCAUGUGCAUGAAACCGCAGCAGCUGGCGAUGCAGCAGCAGCUGGCUAACAGCUUCUUCCCGGAUACAGACCUGGACAAAUUUGCUGCAGAAGAUAUCAUUGAUCCUAUUGCAAAGGCCAAGAUGGUUGCUUUGAAAGGCAUCAAGAAGGUGAUGGCUCAGGGCAGCAUUGGAGUGGCACCUGGUAUGAACAGGCAGCAAGUGUCCCUGCUAGCCCAGAGACUCUCAGGGGGGCCCGGCAGUGACCUGCAGAACCACGUGGCAGCUGGGAGUGGCCAGGAGCGGAGUGCCGGUGACCCCUCCCAGCCUCGUCCCAAUCCACCCACUUUUGCCCAGGGAGUGAUCAAUGAGGCUGACCAGCGGCAGUAUGAGGAGUGGCUGUUCCAUACCCAGCAGCUCCUACAGAUGCAACUGAAGGUGCUAGAGGAGCAGAUUGGGGUGCACCGCAAGUCCCGGAAAGCUCUGUGCGCCAAGCAGCGCACUGCCAAAAAGGCCGGCCGUGAGUUCCCAGAGGCUGAUGCUGAGAAGCUCAAGCUGGUUACAGAACAACAGAGCAAGAUCCAGAAACAGCUGGAUCAGGUCCGGAAGCAGCAGAAGGAGCACACUAACCUCAUGGCAGAAUAUCGGAAUAAGCAGCAGCAGCAGCAGCAGCAGCAGCAGCAGCAGCAGCAGCAGCAGCAGCAGCAGCAGCAGCAGCAGCAGCACUCGGCUGUAUUGGCCCUUAGCCCUUCCCAGAGUCCCCGGCUGCUCACCAAGCUUCCUGGUCAGCUGCUCCCUGGCCAUGGGCUGCAGCCACCGCAGGGGCCCCCCGGUGGGCAAGCUGCAGGUCUUCGCCUGCCCCCCGGGGGCAUGGCACUACCUGGACAGCCUGGUGGCCCCUUCCUCAACACCACCCUGGCCCAGCAGCAGCAACAGCAACAUUCUGGUGGGGCUGGGGCCCUCGCCGGCCCCUCAGGGGGCUUUUUCCCUGGCAACCUUGCUCUUCGAGGCCUAGGACCUGACUCGAGGCUUUUACAGGAGAGGCAGCUGCAGCUACAGCAGCAACGCCUGCAGCUUGCCCAGAAACUGCAACAGCAGCAGCAGCACCUCUUAGGACAGGUGGCAAUCCAGCAGCAACAGCAGCAGGGCCCAGGGGUACCGGCAAACCAGGGUCUGGGUCCCAAGCCCCAAGGGCUUCUGCCUCCCAGCAGCCAUCAGGGCCUCCUGGUCCAGCAGCUGUCCCCGCAGCCACCCCAGGGGCCCCAGGGCAUGCUGGGCCCUGCGCAGGUGGCAGUGUUGCAGCAGCAGCAGCAGCAGCAACAGCACCCUGGAGCUCUGGGCCCCCAGGGCCCUCACAGACAGGUGAUCCUGACCCAGCCCCGGGUGCUAAGUUCCCCCCAGCUGGCACAGCAGGGUCAGGGCCUUAUGGGACACCGGCUAGUCACAUCCCAGCAGCAGCAGCAGCAGCAGCAGCAGCACCAACAGCAGGGAUCCAUGGCGGGGCUUUCCCAUCUUCAGCAGGGUCUGAUGCCACACAGUGGGCAGCCCAAACUGAGUGCUCAGCCCAUGGCCUCCUUGCAACAGCAACAGCUGCAGCAGCAGCAGCUACAGCAGCAGCAGCAGCAGCAGCAGCAGCUACAGCAGCAGCAGCAGCAGCUACAACAGCAGCAGCAGCAGCAGCAGCUACAACAGCAGCAGCAGCAGCAGCAGCAGCAGCAGCUACAACAGCAGCAGCAGCAGAUGGGCCUCUUGAGCCAGAGUCGAACUUUACUGUCCCCUCAACAGCAGCAGCAGCAGCAGCAGCAGCAGCAGCAACAGCAGCAGCAGCAGCAGCAGCAGCAGCAGCAAGUGACACUCGGCCCUGGCCUGCCAGCCAAGCCUCUGCAACACUUUUCUAGCCCCGGAGCCCUGGGCCCAACCCUCAUCCUAACGGGCAAGGAACAAAACAUUGUAGAGGCAGCUCUUCCUCCGGAGGCCACUGAGGGGCCCUCCACGCAUCAGGGAGGGCCGUUAGCAGUAGGGACUGUACCAGAGUCAGUGGCCACUGAACCAGGGGAGGUAAAGCCCUCACUCUCCGGGGACUCACAACUCCUCCUUGUCCAGCCCCAGGCCCAGCCUCAGCCCAACUCUGUGCAGCUGCAGCCACCUCUGAGGCUCCCAGGACAACAGCAGCAGCAAGUUAACUUGCUCCACACAGCGGGUGUGGGAAGCCACGGGCAACCAGGCAGUGGAUCAUCUUCUGAGGCCUCAUCUAUGCCCCACGUGCUGGCCCAAUCCUCUGUUUCCUUAGGGGAACAGCCUGGACCCAUGACCCAGAACCUUCUGAGCUCCCAGCAGCCCCUUGGACUAGAGCGGCCCAUGCAAAAUAAUGCAGGGCCACAGCCUGCCAAACCAGGAUCUGUCCCCCAGCCUGGGCAGAGCCUGCCUGGGGCUGGGGUCAUGCCUACAGUGGGUCAGCUUCGAGCACAGCUUCAAGGAGUCCUGGCCAAAAACCCGCAGCUGCGGCACUUGAGUCCUCAGCAGCAGCAGCAACUACAGGCACUCCUCAUGCAGCGGCAGCUACAGCAGAGUCAGGCAGUACGCCAGGCCCUGCCCUACCAGGAGCCUGGGACCCAGCCUUCUCCCCUCCAGGGCCUCCUGGGCCGCCAACCCCAACUUGGGGGCUUCCCUGGAUCCCAGACAGGCCCUCUUCAGGAGCUGGGGGCAGGGCUUCGACCUCAGGGCCCACCCCGGCUCCCCGCCCCACAAGGAGCCUUAUCCACAGGACCAGUCCUUGGCCCUGUCCUUCCCACGCCUCCACCGUCCAGCCCCCAAGAGCCAAAGAGACCUUCCUCACAGUUACCUUCCCCCAGCUCCCAGCUUCCCUCUGAGGCCCAGCUCCCUACCACCCAACCAGGAACCCCAAAACCCCAGGGGCCACCCUUGGAGCUGCCUCCUGGGAGAGUCUCACCUGCUGCUGCCCAGCUUGCAGAUACCUUCUUUGGCAAGGGGCUGGGACCUUGGGACCCCCCAGACAACCUAGCAGAAGCCCAGAAGCCGGACCAAAGCAGCCUGGUACCUGGGCAUCUGGAGCAGGUGAAUGGGCAGGUGGUACCCGAGCCACCCCAUCUCAGCAUCAAGCAGGAGCCUCGGGAAGAGCCAUGUGCCCUGGGAGCCCAGGCAGUGAAGAGGGAGGCCAACGGAGAGCCAAUAGGGGCACCAGGUACCAGCAACCACCUCCUGCUGGCAGGCCCUCGCUCAGAGGCCGGGCAUCUGCUCUUGCAGAAGCUUCUACGAGCAAAGAAUGUGCAACUCAGCACUGGGCGGGGGCCCGAGGGGCUGCGAGCUGAGAUCAACGGGCACAUUGACAGCAAGCUGGCUGGGCUGGAGCAGAAACUACAGGGUACCCCCAGCAACAAGGAGGAUACAGCAGCAAGGAAGCCUUUGACACCGAAGCCCAAGAGGGUACAGAAGGCAAGCGACAGGUUGGUGAGCUCCCGAAAGAAGCUGCGGAAGGAGGACGGGGUCAGGGCCAGCGAGGCCCUGCUGAAACAGCUGAAACAGGAGCUGUCCCUGCUGCCCCUCGCGGAGCCCGCCAUCACCGCCAAUUUUAGCCUCUUUGCUCCCUUCGGCAGCGGCUGCCCAGUCAACGGGCAGUGCCAGCUGAGGGGGGCCUUUGGAAGUGGGACGCUGCCCACAGGCCCUGACUACUAUUCCCAGCUGCUUACCAAGAAUAACCUGAGUAACCCGCCGACACCACCCUCGUCGCUGCCCCCCACCCCACCCCCAUCGGUGCAGCAGAAGAUGGUGAAUGGCGUCACUCCAUCUGAAGAGCUGGGGGAGCACCCCAAGGAUGCCACCUCUGCCCGGGAUACUGAAGGGACGCUGAGGGAUGCUUCAGAGGUGAAGAGUCUAGACCUGCUGGCCGCCUUGCCUACGCCCCCUCACAAUCAGACCGAGGAUGUCAGGAUGGAGAGUGACGAGGACAGCGAUUCUCCUGACAGCAUUGUGCCAGCUUCGUCCCCCGAGAGCAUCCUGGGGGAGGAAGCCCCUCGUUUCCCUCAGCUGGGCUCAGGCCGGUGGGAGCAGGACGACCGGGCUCUCUCCCCCGUCAUCCCCAUCAUUCCUCGGGCCAGCAUCCCAGUCUUCCCAGACAGCAAACCUUAUGGGGCCCUGGACCUGGAGGCCCCUGGGAAGCUGCCUGCCACAACUUGGGAGAAGGGCAAAGGAAGCGAGGUGUCAGUCAUGCUGACAGUUUCUGCCGCUGCUGCCAAGAACCUGAAUGGUGUGAUGGUGGCAGUGGCAGAGCUACUAAGCAUGAAGAUCCCCAACUCCUAUGAGGUGCUGUUCCCAGAGAGCCCUGCCCGGGCAGGCAUUGAGCCUAAGAAGGGGGAAGCUGAGGGCCCUGGUGGGAAAGAAAAGGGUCUGGGAGGCAAGAGCCCAGAAGCUGGCCCUGAUUGGCUGAAACAGUUUGAUGCUGUGUUGCCCGGCUAUACCCUCAAGAGCCAGUUAGACAUCUUGAGCCUCCUCAAACAGGAGAGCCCUGCCCCAGAGCCACCCACCCAGCACAGCUACACCUACAACGUCUCCAACCUGGACGUGCGGCAGCUCUCGGCCCCGCCUCCUGAAGCACCCUCCCCACCCCCGUCCCCUUUGGCGCCCUCGCCUGCCAGCCCCCCUGCUGAACCCUUGGCUGAACUUCCAGCUGAGCCCUCAGCUGAGCCGCCGGUCCCCUCGCCUCUGCCACUUGCCUCAUCCCCUGAAUCAGCCCGGCCCAAGCCCCGAGCCCGGCCUUCUGAGGAAGGCGAAGAUUCCCGGCCCCCUCGCCUCAAGAAGUGGAAGGGGGUGCGCUGGAAGCGUCUCCGGCUGCUGCUGACCAUCCAGAAGGGUGGUGUGCGGCAGGAGGACGAGCGGGAAGUGGCGGAGUUCAUGGAGCAGCUUGGCACAGCCCUGCGACCUGACAAGGUGCCUCGAGACAUGCGGCGCUGCUGCUUCUGUCAUGAGGAGGGGGAUGGGGCCACGGAUGGGCCCGCUCGCCUGCUGAACCUGGACCUGGACUUGUGGGUGCACCUCAACUGUGCCCUGUGGUCCACGGAGGUAUAUGAGACCCAGGGUGGGGCACUGAUGAACGUGGAGGUUGCCCUGCACCGAGGACUGCUCACCAAGUGCUCCCUGUGCCAGCGCACUGGUGCCACCAGCAGCUGCAAUCGCAUGCGUUGCCCCAACGUCUACCAUUUUGCCUGCGCCAUCCGCGCCAAGUGCAUGUUCUUCAAGGACAAGACCAUGCUGUGUCCGAUGCAUAAGAUCAAGGGGCCCUGCGAGCAGGAGCUGAGCUCUUUUGCUGUCUUCCGGCGGGUCUACAUUGAGCGAGAUGAGGUGAAGCAAAUCGCCAGCAUCAUCCAGCGGGGGGAGCGGCUGCACAUGUUCCGUGUAGGGGGCCUUGUGUUCCACGCCAUCGGACAGCUGCUGCCCCACCAGAUGGCCGACUUCCACAGUGCCACCGCCCUCUAUCCCGUGGGCUACGAGGCCACACGCAUCUACUGGAGCCUCCGUACUAACAACCGCCGCUGCUGCUACCGCUGCUCCAUCGGCGAGAACAACGGGCGGCCGGAGUUUGUGAUCAAAGUCAUGGAGCAGGGCCUGGAGGACCUGGUCUUCACUGACGCCUCUCCCCAGGCUGUGUGGAAUCGCAUCAUUGAGCCUGUGGCUGCCAUGAGGAAAGAGGCUGACAUGCUGCGGCUCUUCCCCGAGUACCUGAAAGGCGAGGAGCUCUUUGGGCUGACAGUGCACGCCGUGCUGCGCAUAGCUGAAUCACUGCCUGGAGUGGAAAGCUGUCAAAAUUAUUUAUUCCGCUAUGGACGCCACCCCCUGAUGGAGCUGCCACUCAUGAUCAACCCCACUGGUUGUGCUCGAUCAGAGCCUAAAAUCCUCACACACUACAAACGCGUUUUCACAUCCAUUAUCUCAUUUGAUCCUCACAACAACCUUAUGAGGCCCCACACUCUGAACAGCACCAGCAUGUCCAAGGCAUAUCAGAGCACCUUCACAGGCGAGACCAACACCCCGUACAGCAAACAGUUUGUGCACUCGAAGUCAUCUCAGUACCGGCGGCUCCGCACUGAGUGGAAGAACAAUGUAUAUCUGGCUCGCUCCCGUAUCCAGGGCCUGGGGCUCUAUGCGGCCAAGGACCUAGAAAAGCACACAAUGGUCAUUGAGUACAUUGGCACCAUCAUUCGCAAUGAGGUGGCCAACCGGCGGGAGAAAAUCUAUGAGGAGCAGAAUCGAGGCAUCUACAUGUUUCGAAUAAACAACGAACAUGUCAUUGAUGCUACGUUGACCGGAGGCCCUGCCAGGUACAUUAACCAUUCCUGUGCCCCUAACUGUGUGGCGGAAGUUGUGACAUUUGACAAGGAGGACAAAAUCAUCAUCAUCUCCAGCCGGCGAAUCCCCAAAGGAGAGGAGCUGACAUAUGACUAUCAGUUUGAUUUUGAGGACGAUCAGCACAAGAUCCCCUGCCACUGUGGAGCCUGGAAUUGUCGGAAAUGGAUGAACUAAGAAGCUUUGAGGCUACCAGGCAGGGGAGUCCCCCACCCCAACCUCUUCCCUGAAAGGGAUGAGGGGGAAGAGAGGUAGCAGCCAGAGCCAGGACCCAGGGCUGGGGCUGCCGGCUGACCGGAGCCCCUGGAGCAGGAGGCUGGGGCAGAGGGCCCUAGGCCACGCCCACCCUGGGCACCAGGGAUGACCCUCUUCCCCGCCACUGGCCCCCAGGCUGGCAUCUCUGCCCCCAGCUCCAGGAGGGGUCAGACAGAAGCAGCCAUUGGGCAUCUCAGGUUUGAGGGGGAUAUGGGCUGGGAACUACCCAGAAGCAUCUGGGAGGCAGCAGGGAGGGGGGAGGAGGAUGUGUGGCCGGGCCUCACAGCCCUGCUGCUCCCACCGACCUCUCUGGCCCAACUCGAGGCUGCAAAGAGACUUGACUAAGCUUGACAAUCCCAAAGGCCGGGUCCCACACCUGGCCCUGCCUGCCGGGUCCUGCCCCCACCCUCACCCCCAUCCCCUUCCCUCUCAAUCUGUCUCUGUCUCCCUCUUCUCCUCUGUGUUUCUGUCUCUCUAUGGGUUGUGUUUCCUUGUUUUCCACUCUGACAAAUGCAACAUGAACGGGAAAGAGGCGCCCCGCUGCCCAGGAGGGCAAGCCAGGCAAGCCGGGCAAGGAGACCCCGCACCCACACCUACCUCAUUUAAGUGUUGGAUUUUUUGCUGUUUUGAAAUGUGAGACCCUCUCCAAGCCCCCUACUGCCCCAACCCUCUCCCCCACCUCACUGCCCUCUUCUGAGUGGGUGGAAGGGGGGUAGGAGGAAGAAGAAAAAACAACAACAAAAAAUCCAUCUUUGUUUUUAAUUACGGGCAUGGGAUGGUGGUUGAGACUAAUGAUGAUGAAGAUUGGGGAUGACUGGCCCCUAGUUGCUCUAGGACUUCCUUCUCCAUCUGGACAUGGGGGCAGGAGGGGUGUGCUAAACUUAGGACCAGGAUAUCUCCCUCCGGUUUUCCCAACCCCAUCAUGAGCCCAUUUGCCCUCCAGCCCCUGGAUAGGGUGGGUGGGUGGUAGGGUGAGGGCUAUCCCUGAGUGGCAUGCCCAUACCCAGUGAGGCAGGGUGUGGCCCGGAGCUCCCACUUUCCCUCCGUCACCAAACUGCUGCUGGUCUGGUGGGAAGGGGUGGUGAUGUGGGGCUGGGGGAGCUUAGUGUCAGCGCGGGGAGGGUGGGGGGUAUUUAUCUAUUUAUACAUGGGAUUGUACAUAGUCUUGUGGGGCAUGGGGGAGCCGGCUGGAGGUGAGAACCCUCCCCUCUCCCCCCACCCCCGGGGAGAGCAAAUGUAAAACUACUAAUUUUUGUGCUUUAUAUAUUCUAUAUAAAUAUAUCUAUUUUCUUUUUACAAAACCAGUUUAUAAAUGGUAGGGGGGCGUGGGGCGGACACAUGGAGCUCCCCUUGUGGGGGAGCCCCCUCCAUUACCCAACCUACCGCCCUUUUCCUCACCCCCUCCUCCCCACCCCCUGGCUGUGACUGCUGUAAGGGGGGGGUAUAGAGGCUGGGCGAUUCCCACCCCCUUUUGUAUAGUUGGACUAUGUUAUAACGCACAAAAGUGAGCUGGCCCCAGGGGGAGCCAGAGGGUAAUGGGUUCCCCUGCCUCCUCCCUUGUCCUUCCCCUUUCUGCCCAAGCUUGUGCUGCAGUUGAACCUCUUCCUGGGGGUAGGGUUAGGUCAGGGGGUGGGUGAGGCCCCAGACCCCUCUCUGGUAGGGAGCCAUGGGGAUGAAGAUGAAGCUUAUAUGCAGUUCUCUCCUAGGGGCUGUGGGCAAAGGGCAUUUUGUAAUUAAUAUUUUCAAGAAUCAAAUGUCUGGAGUGUAGGGGUGGGCUUGGUGGUGGUGUAUGGGCGGGCCUGCUGGAGGGGGAGCACGGUUGCUGUUGUGAUUUUAGGUUUGUUUUUGUUUGUUUUCGAAUUUGGGGGGUUGCGGAUUGAUGGGGGUAGGGAGAUUUUUUUUUUUUUAAGCUGCUUCCUCAACUGUUUCAAGCUGCAAAUGUUUAAGAGAAUAACAUCCCCUCACCCCCACGGAAACCACUGUAGUUAAAUCAGACAGUGGGGAGACUGGGCUGCUGCCCCCAAAGCCAUUGGAUGUUCCUUUUCCAAGAGCAAAGAAGGUCUAGGCUACAGGGAGGGGGAGAUUGGCUCCUGCGAGUCAGGCUCUGGUUGGGGCUUGGGCCCCGGGAUUGGGAAAAGGGGAUGGGGCAGACUUUGUAAGCAUAUGCUAGGUAUCUGAUAGUCCUGUAGAAUUUAGUGAAGAAACCUUAUACAGUUUUUAAUUUUUAUAUAAACUAACUCAGACCCAAGCUACAAGGUUGGAAUUUUGGUUGUUGGUUUUUUUUUUUUUUUUUUUUUUUUUUUUAAAAAGUACCCCGCCUGUAUAAUUGCAUCAGAAUUCCCUCUCCCCCGCCCCGCCCUUCCCCGUGCCCCAUGUUUGUAUUUUGGGUUGGUUUACACUUGCACAUAUUCAAUUUUCAGUUUUUCCCCUUUACGGUCUUCUCCCCUCACCUCCAGGACCCUCCCUCCCCCUUUUUAAAAAAUAAAUCUCUGACAAGUGUGAAUCCCGUGAAGACUUUAUUUUGUGUUGUGUGUAUCCUGUACAGCAAGGUUGGUCCUUCGUAACAACGGAUGAAAUGAUUCCCUUUUUUAAAGCGCCCUCUCUCCCUCCACCCCCAGCGCCCCUGUCCUUGGCAUGUUUUGUAUCAGCGAUCAUUCUGAACUGUACAUAAUUUAUGUUGCAAGAGGCAAAGGGCAAGUUUUGGAUUUUGCUUCUUCCAAGUUUGUUUUUAAACGACAAAUAAAAAAAGAACAUUUUAAAUACAA